AAGCUACUAAAGAUGCAGACAACACGAAAGAAUCCAGACUCUACAAAGCUUGCUUCGACUUCAGCAAGAUGGUACGAGGGGACACCGUGCUUUCCUCGCUUUGGACAAAAUGCAUCGGUGGUAAGAAUCCCGCUCUUCCAAUUCAAACUAGAUGGACCAGCGCUUACUCUACGGUGACUACCAUCCUCGACAAAUGGGACGAAUUAUGUUUCGUGUUUGGCAAGCUAGUGGGUAUGGGCUUCCCUAACGAUCACCUGGACUCUGACAAGAUUGAGGUCGUCGAGGACUUUUUGAUGAACAUAGAAUAA